ACCUUGAUGCAGAUAAUGAGACUACUGAUGUUUGACCACUUCUGAGUAUCUGCCAGACUGGGUUCGUUACAGAACUAAGAACAUGCAGGGGAUGGGUUCUUUUGUGUUCCUGGCUGGGACACAUUUGUGAUCAAGAUGGAAGGGGGGCCUAGCUACAGGGCCCUCUUUCCGCUAUGUGUGUGACUUGGAAUGUGGGGAUGUUAUUUGUUCCAUUUGCUCCGACUUGCUUGUCUGACUUUUGGUUGUUGUUGUCUUGGAAAUUUCAAGGCCAUGUCCAGGUGGUCUUUGCUAGUGGUUUUGCUGCUACUCAUUUUUUUCACCAAAACCAGGUGUCAAAGAGAUAGUACUUCUUGGCAAUAUUUCUCCACCUUCUCCAUGGCAGUCACAAGUGUGUUGCAGAGUCGUUUGCACCAAAGGAGUCUUUGGAUAUGAUGGGCUCCGUAGGGGGAAGCAAGCAUGCCAGCACUGGCCACUGUUCUGGAAAUAGAGGACGGGUGAUGUCAAAUUCUGCACAGAGAAACUGCAGAUUUAUGUCAGCAACGGCGUGCAGUACUGCCCGUGUCAAGGUUAUGGAUGUAGGCCAUGGAAGCUCGACAGGUACCCCCAGAAGGCGAUCUGCUAUUGAAACGGUUUCUACAGAGAGUUCGAAAGCUGUAAAGCAGGGUGGAAGAGUUUGGCAGAGUAAGAGUCACAAUCUUGAUGCUGGAUCCAACCAAGGUCAAGUUACAAAAAACAGGCAUGGGGUGUGGGAACUGAGCAGGGUGAAAGGUGGAUCAGUGGAUUUUGACCACCGACCCAUCUCCUCAGAAAGGAGGAGAAUCCUGAGCUCAUCAGAGGCGCUCCAUGGGUCUUGCCUCUCGCAGGCUGACUGCCAACAUCCCAAUUCUGUCGGUCAUGGGCAGCUUGACUGCAGACAGUGGUGGGACAGUGGUGAAUCCCGCAGGGACCUUGAGAGGGGUCUUGGAAAACCAGACAGAAAUGGCAUAUGGGGCUCGCAGGGUAGCCUUCGUCUUGAUGGGAAGCAGUUGAGCACUACGGAAAGCAGUGUGAAGAAGAUAUCGAGUGCGAAUGGGGUGUACUUAAGGUACAAAGGACAGAAAUGUGGAGCUGUCACGUCAGAGCAGACAAUUUGUCAGAGUGAUGGUCAAUAUCCCCAAAACAUGGCUGCAAAUCCAUUGGAACAUGCUAGGGAUGACAAAGAUGCUUUCUGUGAGUCAAAUGGCUGUGACAGGGAGCCACACCCUGCAGCUGGAAGGAGGCUGAAAGCAGAUGCUGUGAACAUUUCUAAAGCAGGUCCCAAAUCGUCUCGGAUUUCUUUCUCGAGAGGAGAGAAUACUAUGAGGGACUUGUGGCUAAGGCAGAGUGUUCCUGGUAGCCUGCCCUCAAGAACCGCUGGAUUGUCAAAGAGUUAUAAUCAUGGUCUUGGUUUGACAGAUGCUUGGCAGAGGCUUAGUGAUCCUGCGAAACGAGUGAUGGAAUCUUCUCACACAUCAGAGGCAUCUCGAAGACUGAGCCAUCCUCCAAACCUACAAAAAACAUCUAGUGGCAAUGUCUUUGACCGACUUGCAGCGUCUCCGACUGUCCAGUCUCUUGCACGGGAGCGCGGCCACCAGGACAAAGCCCCUCUGCUUCCACUUCAGGGACAAGGUUUGAGCCGCAGCUUGACUGUGCCUGUUGCAGUGAGGACAAGCGUUUUGUCCCAAUCAACUAUGGCAUUGCCGGUAUCAUCACGAGCCAAGAAUUGUGUAUUGGCUGGAGAGAGACGGCUUGGUUCUCAGUCUGAGGCUUGGAAAGCUGGUAGAUGUCCCACAUCUGAUAAGCAGAUGAGAGACCGGCUUUCUAGCACACCAGCUGUCACGAGGAGAAAGAUGAGGUCGGUCUCUCCUCCGGCUGUCCGUAGCAGACGGACAUUGUUUUCCUUGUCAGCUGUCCCUGACCGAAGUAAAAGGGCAAGUGAUGUGCAUGGAAGGGAGGCUCUAUCAUCAAGGCCCUCCACGCGGUCUUCUUCGAGUGGACUGAAGCGCAUCUCAUUGAGGAGGGCCCCUGGUCUGCCAGAUCGUGAUGAAGAACUUUCUUUGUCAUUGACUUUAAAGACUCACGUUUUGAUGGAGGAAAAGGACUCAGAAUUGUACUGGGAUGGAUGUCGAUGGAUGGUGAAAUUUAUGCGAGUGGAAAAGCCAUCUGACCAUCACAGAGCACCUUUUUGUGGGCUUGCCACUCCUGCUGGUAUGAAGGUUGAUGGAAGUGAAGCACUGAGUGGUGGCACUCGCAUGAGAAGGUCUAGCUAUGAGAAGGGAAAUAAGGUACCGCCUCCUAUCAUCGAAGAUAGAAUCAAGUCUGUCAAUGAUAACUCUCAUGAUCAACAAGGGCGAGGGCGAGGUAGUUCUGAGACACGAAGGCGAACUUCGGAGCCUGCCAAUAGGGGGGAAUAUGUGUUUGCGCAACUGGAUGCUUGGAGGGACAAGAAGGAUGAAGCCCAUACACAGGUUGCAGGCGUCAAUGCGUUUACGGGAGGCAGUGGUUUGGUCAGUACCCACAAUUUUGCAGGGGACAUCCUUUGUGUUGACGAUGGCGAUCCCUGUGUCACAACCAUGACAGAAGAGGAUAUGGAUGAUGUAGGAGAAAUGAGUGAAGAAGGGAGACAUGAUGGUGUGGAAGCGCAGCCUGCUUUUGAACUGCUCACAAACCACGUGAGAGCAAUAGCUGGCUGCCAGGGAAUGAAGACAUUUGAAGAGGUGACCAAGGUUCAGAAGGAUCCACAGAAGGUGGGAGCAAUAGCUGGCUGCCAGGGAAUGAAGACACUCGAAGAGGUGACUAAGGUUCAGAAGGAUCCACAGAAUGUUGAUGGACUGGAAUGUACACAGACGGCAAAUUCCUCUCUAUUGAUUUCAUCUUGUCGGUCUGAAGGCAUUGUGCACAUUCGCCAUGGAGAAGGGGAAGUGAACCUUGAUGCUGUUAAGAGGAGUGCAUAUCACAAUCAGCUGUCAGUUGAGGCAGCGUGUGAUGCCCACCGCUGUGAAGACAUUUGUAAUGCUUGGGAAGGACAACCAAGUCCUGUGUCUGCGCUUGACUUUCCUGGGUCCGAGGAUGAAGCUUCUCCACUUAUGAGGCGGGGGAUUUCAAGCAGAGACGGUUCUGAAGACAUCUUCUGUUGGUUAUGGGUUUGUCCCCUUUGCCUUUGUUCCCUGCUUCUGGACGCUUGCGGACUCUUCUUGGGUUUGGCUGCUCCCGUGGAUCGACUGACACCUGGCCUCAGGACUCUGGUGAUACUGGCUGAAGUUUGUGGUGCCUUCUAAAGACAAACUCUUCAAGCCAUAACUGUUAUCUACCAGGGACCUCCUACCGUGAUCUACUUUACUAGCCGCCUAG